AUGGCUCAUAGCAUGGGCACCCUGUACUCCGUGGUGGACGUGGAUAAACCAUUCAGUACCCUUAAAGAGAAGUAUUAUGUGUCCGAACCAUACCCCCCCCACCCCUCCGUAAUUAGUGGCAUGUAUCACGGGAGAUUCCCAAGUUAUUAUGUAGAUGGUGAUGAUUAUUUUUAUAAUGGCGAAGAAGAUUUUCUUAUGAAGAAACCAAAAAUCGGUGAAGAUCCCAAACCAGACGAAAAUAAAACAGAGGAAGUCGAAAAUAAAGCGGAGAGCGUGGAAGCCACAAGCAGCGGGUUGACUCUCUUUCAAGCGGUUAUGCUCAUCGUUCUUUUGAUGCGAUUAGGCAGAAAUACGUCCACUAGACUGAGGCAAAAGCACGAGGCGAGGAAGCAACUAUUAAAUUAUCUGGACAAAGUGAACGAAAGAAUUAAAAAGGACGAUCUUAAGAUGGAAAAGAAAAAAAAAAAAAUGGAGGCAAAAAUAAAAAAGGAAGAAAAAGAAAUGGAGAUAAAAUGGAAAGAAAAAAGAACAAAAACCAGAGAUAAAAUAGCCAAAAAACCAUCGAAAGACACUUUACCCGGUAUAGGCCCGUUCUACGACAAGGACCAAAGACUUUUGGAUAAAAAAUUGGACAUUGUAGGUAUCAAUUAUGAAAAGUAUAAAUAUAAUAAGAAAAGACGAUGGAAUGCUAUGAAAGCAACUUAUCAUAAGAAACUCAAGAAGGUACAAGAUAAACAACAGAAGAGGAAAAGGAGAAAGUGCCAGCGAAUGUUUCUGUUUGAAAGGAAGUGGAAUUUUGGACCUAGAACCAUGAAAAAGUACUUGCAACAGAAACAACGAGAAUGCGAGUUAAAUAAAGCGUAUUAUACUACGAACGAAAAGUUAAAAAAAAAAGAAGAGGAGGAGAAGGAUGGGGCAAAGGAUGCAGGAGCGGCUAAAGGUGCAGAAGCGGCAAAGGGUGCAGAAGCAGCUAAAGGUGCAGAAGCGGCAAAGGGUACGGAAGCGGCAAAGGGUACGGAAGCGGCAAAGGGUGCGGAAGCGGCUGAAGGUGCAGAAGCAUCUAAAGGGGCAGAAGCGGCUAAACAAAAAGACGAUGAUGACGAUGAUAGUGACGACAGCGACGAUGAUGAUGAUGAAGACUAUGAAGAUUAUGAAGAUGAUGACUUUUAUUAUAUGAAUUUCGAUGAUGAAUAUUAUGAUGAUUUUGAUGAUUAUUACGACUAUCAGCGUUCUAUGGGCGGCUACUAG